CGAGCGGUGUUUUUGAACGUCCGUUUCUUUCGUAUCAAGAUUAUUUACAGUCUCAUCGCAAAAAGGGUUAUUUUAGGGAUUACCGGAUUAGGAUUAGCUGCACCGGCGUGUGACUUUACUAUGUCGGUUGCCAGCAGGGAAAGACUCAUUGAGUCUGUUAAUAGCAAGAAUGAUGCAGAACUUUUUACACUGUUACGUGAAAAUAAAUCCAAGGAAAGUUCUGUUGAUCUGGAGGAUUGGUUGCAAGCAUUACAACACAGCCAAGUGAGGGAACUAUGGCGAAAACUUUGUGACUGGAUCAGUGAAAUAUUACUGAGCAAUGUCCUAGAGGGUGAUGAGGGGACACCAGAGGAUCAGAAGAAGGCUUCUGGCAUUCUUGGAUCUAUAAUUUCUUUAGCCAUCAUAACAGUAUGCAUAGAAGAUCCAUUCGUUCCGGAGGAGUUGUUAGAGGCUGCUGUCAUUCUUCAUGGUGUUCUGCCAUCGUUGCCCGAUUUCCUGGAUGAGGUGAAGAACGGCAUAGCUAGACUGUGCGAGGCAUGGCAAGUUGCUGAACUGGAAGAGAGCGACUCACUCACCAGUAAUACUAUCGUGUACCUGCUCGCACGCUCUCUGCGACCGAAAGCUGCUUUUGUCGAUAUCGUCAGGGUCGUGAGCAUGAGUGGCGCCAUCCAGCAGCACGUGCAGGCUGGCAAUGAAACGGUGACAAACAUGUUACUGCAUUGCAUGAUCCGUAGAGAAUACCUUCUGAAACCCAAGGCAAGUCCGAUCAACUGA